AUUUCCACAACAUAUGUGGAAAGAUAAAAUGAAAGACACAGAAGUGUCUAGGCCUGAAGAACUGCCUUCAACUUCCAAAGGCACUUACAUUGAGGUCGCAGCCAAACAAGUUCUUAAUGCUCCCUUGCUUGAAGAAUUGCCAUCAACUUCAGAAUGCACUACUGUUGAGGUUGCAGAAAGGCAGAUUUUUAAUGAACAAAAGUCAAAUGAGUCCAACAAAAAACCUGAUGUAACAAAUGGCCGAGCUAAAGGUGUUAAAAGAAAACUAGACGAAAGCAUGGAUUUAUCACCUAGAAAAAGAAAAUUGGUGAAACAACUGGUUAGAACCAAGUGCACACUGAAAUCACUAGCGCAAUUCUUAUAGAAAAAAAUGAUUCUCCUAUUUUGAAAGAGUUUGUUUUAAAUGCUUGCAAAAAUCAAAGACGCAAUCCUAAAGGAAGGCGAUGGACGUGUAAAAAUAAAAUAUCUGCGCUAGCUAUUUUUAAACGCUCGCCAAAAACUUACAGAUAUCUAUCAACGGCAAUGCCACUGCCAAGAUGCCCUUGAAAAUUUAUUUGGCAUAAUUCGGCAACACAGCCCUACAAACAGGAAUCCUACUUGUUCACACUUCAUGGGGGCACUUAAAACUACAGUGGUCACAAAGUUUACUGCGCCACAUAGCCGAGGAUCGAACUGCGAAAAAGACGCACAAAAUCAUCUCACUGAUUAGAAAUAAAAUUAUCUUCAACCAAGAACAGGAAACCGCAACUGAAACUCAAGGUACUGAUAAAUUUUAUGAACAAUUGGGUGGAGAUGACAUUCCUGUGAUUAAUAUUGUAGAAGAAGAUUCGCUGGAAGAAAAUAAUUUAGCUGACCUAACAAACCAGCCAAUAGUUUACUUAAGCGGUUACUUGGCUUGUCAGUUAUUAAAAACUUCUGACUGUGAACUGUGUAAAAAAUUGUUGACAUCAGAAAACACACAUGAAGAAAUGUUUACUUACAUAAGGCUUAGGGAAUGGUGGCCCCAUAAAACGUCCCUAACUUAUCCCUCAGAGGAGUUAUGCAAAAUCAUUCAGACAGCUGUUACUGUCACUGAAGCAGAAGUGUGCCCAAGGCUGCAUGAAAAAAACAUUUUACAAUUGGCCGUGACAUUAUAUUAUGAGGUAAAAAGUGAAAUAAAUUGGU